AUGCAUGGUGUUCUGGUGUUCUGGUUACUUCAUCAAUGCAUUGACAUUGUGAUUGAACUGUUGAAGCAAGCUGCACACCUGGGCAUCAUGAUGAGUGAUCCAGUGGGGUUCAGUGGAUAUUGUUUUACGCCCCUUGUUGCAUAUGUAGCUGAUACUCCAGAGGAGCUCGUCAUCACAUGCAUAACCAUGAAUGCAUCACCCAACACUAUGGCUACAUGUACCAACUUUGGGGAUCCAGACUGUCACCCUCUUCGUAAAGGCUCAUCUACGCUUGCUAAUAUUCGAAAAGUUGUCACCUCUGUCUCCCCAUCUGACCUCAUGGCACUUUUUGAGGAGUGCAAGCAAUAUCACUUAAACAGUGUCCAACAACCAUUCUGGAUGGAUUGGGUCACCGUGGAUCCUUCUCCUUUCCUGAUGCCAGAGUCACUCCAUCAUUUUCACAAAAUGUUCUUUGACCAUGACUGUGCCUGGUGUAUUGAUGUAGUCAGUGCCAAAGAGAUCGACUUUUUCUUUUCCUUACUUCAGAUGUGGACUGGGUAUUGUACUUUUAAAAAAGGGAUCUCCAAUUUGAAGCAGACUUCAGGUUGA